AUGGCCAGCACCAGUCCGCCUUUGGGCAAAACCUUUGUGGUAGAGCAUCUGGAUCCCGAACUCGAAGCAUGGUCUUCACUCGAGUAUGCUACCAUUGCUGCUGAGAGCCAUGCUGAGGGGGCUCGCUUUCUGCUCUCUUCGGUUCCUACUUCGUUGACUCUACCGCACAACCUCCAGGGUGCCCAGGGACUGCAGGUCGAGACGAGGGGCAUCGAAGAAAUUUAUGCCGAUAGCAAAGACAGAGUUUGCCUGCUCGACCCCGCAGCUUCCCAAGAUUUGAGCCCCCAGGACGGCGAUGCUUUUGAUAUCUUCCUGUUUGGCGGUAUUCUCGAUCGUACUUCCGAGUUGCGUAAGAAAGGCUAUCAAGGACGCCGCCUGGGUCCUGUACAGAUGACCACGGACACUGCGGUUCGCGUCACUAGAAUCGUCGUCCAGGACAGAGUACCUGUUGACAAGAUUCCGUACGUCGAUCACCCCGAAUUGAAGAUCAACAAGAAUGAAAGUACCGAAAUGCCCUUUCGCUAUGUGUUAGGCAAGGACGGUGCACCCAUCAUGCCAAAGGUAAGAAGAGUACCCCCUCGUCUUCCUGAUCCUGUGUCUGCAAGCGCUUGCAUCUCUGUUCGAGACAGACCUAUAUGGGCUAACCCUCGCUAGGGCAUGCUUGAGUUGAUUGUCAAGGACACAGAAAAAGGCCUUGACGGUUUGAUGUAAUAUGCUUGAGUGUGCAUGGACGAUUGAACUGUUUUCGAUCAAAAGCUGCUCCCCCAUCCAGCAGCUUUGACUGGAAAAAUCAUUAGCGUUGCCAUUAGGUAAUACCAUCAAUAAUGGUGUAGACGUAGGAUCUGUAGGUAACAAACCACUUCCUCG